AUGGACCAUACUACGGCUGGCGGCGACAAUGGCGCCGAGGGUCGCACGUAUGCGAUGAACGACCGAUCGGCAGCAAUACCUGUGUCGCCAAAGUCGGUCUCACUUACAAAGCAUCAAUAUCAGCAGCAACAGCCGCAGCCAACGGCCCCCCACCGACGCACCUCUUCCGGCGCAAACUUCCUUUCCAAACUCCCCUUUAUGCGCUCCCAUUCCGAUGGGAAGCAGCAGCAGCGUUACCAAGAAGCCGAGGACAAUACUUCGCGGCCCCCGCCGACAUCCAUGUCGACCGUCAUCCAGCAGCAGCAGCAGCAACAAAAGUCUCGGCGAAGGAAGGGUUCCCUUAGGAAGGUGGCCCUACUGGGAAGAGGCGCGCAACGGGAGCGCAAAGAGGCGAAGCAGCUUACCAUCAAUACCUCACAUACCGUCUCCCACGACAUGGAGGACGGCGCUGCGUCCCGAUCGCUUGCGGCAGCUUUUGAACACGACCCUCUUGGGCUAAACAUUGCGGACCUGACACCGCGGCCUUCAAUGGAUGGAUAUGCGAGCAGGUCGAGCCUGGUCGAAUCCUCAGUAUCUUCUCUGACGAAUUCUGGACAACCAAAUGAGACAGAGUCCACCAUCACGAGCCCCACAAUAUCGUACACAUCUACGACGGACGAAGACGAUGUUUUGCAUAUACCGAACCACACACCGUCGCACCUACAGCCCGGCUCAUCGCUCUCGUCGGGCUCCGAAUCAUACUUUGGCACCCGGCCUCGGCAGCAGUCUAUACUGCAGGCGAAAUCACCGCUUUCGUACAGCGGCUUGUCGACCACCGCAUUGCCGCCAAACGACGCCGAAAUCGACUACUCGGACACGGAAUGGUGGGGUUGGGUUGUCUUGAUCGUGACGGGGCUCGUGUUUGUUAUGGGCAUGGGGUCAGUCUUCGGGGUAUGGAGUUGGGCGUGGGAUGUUGGUACGACCCCGUACGCCCCUCCAGAGCUCGAGGACGAUCCGACGCUACCCAUCACGGGCUACUAUCCGGCACUUAUCAUCUUGACCAGUAUCAUGGCUUGGGUAUGGGUCUCCGUGGCCUGGAUGGGAAUGAAAUACUUUCGCCAUGCUAAGAUCAGCGGGGAGUGA